CGACACGAUCGUUGUAACGAGCUGAGAAUGAUUUCUGAGCCGUUGUGAAUAUUGCAACUCUCCCUCGUUUCGACGAUUUGGGUUCUUCAUGUACCAAUUCCGGCGGUGAGUCAAAUCUCGCAAUCAUUGCACGAAAUCUACGAGCAAAACGCUGAUGUCUCUCGCCGCCUCCCUCGUUCACGAUCAACGCACCAACGAAUCUGCGCAUCGCGUGGUUUCGAUGAAGCAGACGAAGUACGAAAUCGGGAUGAAAAGUAUGUGCAAAUGCCAGGAAAACACACUUGCGAGGUCGAGCAAAAAGGUCCACUCGCAAGAAGAAGGAUGGAUCGGAAGAUCCAUGGUGACAUUUCGUAUUGUGCAAACUUCGGGGCAUCGACGUAGCUCGCUUGGUUCUUCGCAUCUUGGCAUUUUUGUCGCUGCAGUGUGCUGGGCGGAUGGAUUUGCUCUGACGCCACGGGAGUAGAGUGCCCUUCGAUGGAUAGGGUUUGGAAACGGAGCAUGCGAAGGGCUCGUAAAUCACGGACGGGAAGAAGAAUGCUCGCUCGAGUCAUACGAGCCCUGGACGUUGUAGCCUUCUCCGAAGGCGAUAAAAUCUGAACGAAUGGGCGGUUGUUGACGAGAUGACCGACAAAUGAUCUCGUCUCCAAAGCCGGUUUGGAGCUAUUGAGGGGGGAAUGGUGUCAUUGGGAAGAUACUUGCGUUCACCGCACAUGAUUAGGGCGUGAAUACCGGAGUCGAACUUUCGUUCUGCUUUUUGACGCUUGAACUCCAAUCCGGGGAUGGAUGGAGAGAGCGGCGAGGGACGGAGGGAGGAGGGGGCAAGUGAGGAGUAAAGCGAGUUGAGUCGAGGAAGAUGGAUCCCACCGAUUCGCCGAACCAGCCACACAUGGGCUUUGCUUUGACUCUCGAUGCUCUCGCACUUGCCGUUUGUUUGGAUCAUGAACUUCAUCGAUGCUGCCAGAAACCUGGACAACGACUCCUCGACUUUGACUUCAUCAUAAAUAAAUAAGAUCAUGCACAAUAUCCACAGGGAGAAAAGUAUGCGGAGACCUGCUUAAUAAUCGCAAGAUAUUAGGGGCUACUUUCACUACAGCUCAUCUUGGAAUGGCGUUCUUCUAGAGGAAAAAAAGGUCUUUUCCUGAAGCCGUAUCAAGUCCACGACCCUCGGCGCUAUUAGUCAUCGAUGUAUCCUACGCGAUGUGUCUACACCGAAAGAACAAACGAACGACUUCCAACUUUUCAUGGAGCAGAGUAAAGUUAUGAAAACGGAAAGAAGUGGGCAGAUGGAGUUGGAGGGCAGAAACCGAACCCA